AUGUCAUUUGAUGAAUCGAAAGGAUCCGGUAGUUCUUGCGGGUGUGUGCAUCCUGCAUCAUGUAACGGUCCGUUUCGUAAUAACGAGGAUGUGGACCCCGAGGCGCCAGCGAGCUGUCGCACGGUGUCGUUCGACGUGUCGCAAGAAACGCACUACGUCAUCGUCGUCCACGGCACGUUCGCGCCGCCGGCCGGCGGACCGCGCACGCCGUGGUACCAGCCCGCGGCGCCCGGCGAAAUCAACUUCUGCAAUAAGCUCGGCGCGCUUCUCGCGGAGGGGCCGCUCGGCGACGGAUGCGUGUGGCGCGUGCUGCCGGCGGAGCCGCCUCCGCAACUUGGCAUCCCGUAUCCGUUUUACUGGGACGGCACGAACAGGCAUGAAGGGCGCAUCGACGCCGCACACAAACUGGCGGGCCUGCUGGACGUGAUAGGGCGCGGCGACCCCUCAGCGCGCAUCCACGUCAUCGCCCACUCCCACGGGGGCAACGUGCUGCUCAAAGCCAUUGAGCUCUACAUGAAGGGCCAGGGCAGAAAGGACGUUUCCGAUCUUCCGCCAGCUGUCCUCCAACAAUUCUGGGCGGCGUACAAGAGCAGAUACGAUUUGAUUCGCCACUGGCAGAAGCCGGAUCUUUCCAAUACCUGCUGGCGCUUUGUCCCCUUUCUUGUUGUGAAAAGGAGCAUGGGGGAGCACAGAGCAGGUGGGACGAGGGAGCGGUACCCCUGGGCGCGCUACCGCUGGCUGGACUCCCUCCUGCGCCUGCCCUCCCGGCGCCAGCGCCUCUUCCUCUCACACCGCCUGGCCACGAGCCCGCUGUCCAAUGCGGUGGGCGCGGUGGUGUUCCUGGGCACGCCCUUCUACGUCAAGACCUGGCAGCGCCACGGCGUGCUGCUGCUGCUGGUUACCACCGCCGUGUCUGUGGGGGUGACGUUCGUGGUCAUGUGGGGCUAUGUGCUGCUGUGGCGCCUGGUGGUGCUGGCCAUGGCUGGCGAGCUUUCAAGCACCACCAUGCCCAGCUACCUGCCCUUCUCCCUUGCUGCUGCUCUUCUUCUCUUCGCCGUCGUCAGUGUGGCAUUGGAGCUCUGGCGCAGCACUGCAUUCUACAGCGGGAACAUCUACCACGCUCCUGGCUUCGAUUGGUCGCAUGCCAUGUCAGCACUCGUCAUCCACGCUGGCAAAUUAGACGAGGUCAGCCUGGCACUUUCCACUGAGCCUAUCGCCCGAGCCUACAUCGUCCCGCAGCUAGCCUCCAUGCUCAAAACCCCCUUCUGGAAACCCCUUCCCCGCUGCCCAACCACAAACAAAUGCUCCGAUUGGACGCUUUACAUCAGCAACACUGCCCGGAUUCUCUUGUGGAACAUAAUUUUCAUCCUGCCCGCAACAGCUGUAGCACUGCUGUCUCGCCUGCUGGCGCCGUUGGUAAUCUCGGUGGUGCGGAAAGCGAUAGUGACGGUGAGCUUUGGGCUGUCCCCCAAGGAGCUGAGCUUCGCCAGUGUGUUUGUGGACGAGGGCCUUCACCUGGACGAGUGGUCGCCAUCACACCACGUGGAGCACUGGAACGUGCAGAAACUGCUUGCGCUGGCCAAGACGCGCUCGUUGCGGGGGGAGCUGAUGGCGGGGUAUGAGGAUGACACGUGUGACAUGGGGAAGGCUGUAUUCGGGGAGGGGCUACUUGAAGAGGGGGUGUCUCAAGAGGGCGUAACUGGGAAAGGGGUAGCUGCGGAGGGGUUGAUUGGGGAGGGUAAGGCGGAGGAGAGAAUGGAGCAGGAGGAGGUUGGAGAGAGGGAGGUGAGGGUGACGAGGCAAGGGGAAGGUGAUGAAAGAGUGGGUGCUGAGGGUGCAGGGAGUGCAGGGAUAGACGCAAUACAGACAAGUGUGUCAAGACCACAGCAGGGCAGCUGCAUGCAAGCAGCUGGUCGAACGGGGCUCUCAGGUACCCACUUGGGGUUGGGGGAGGCAUUUGGUGCCGCCCAACAGCAAAUGGUGGCAGCAGCAGGAGAGAAGGGAGGGCAGGGCAGAGCACCAGGAAGCGUGAGGCGGAGCUUAAGCCUCACGGAGCAGGCUCUGCGACAGGGGGGGGAGAGAGGGGAGGGCGGUGAGGAGAUGGGUGAAGAAGGGGGUGAAAGCAAGGAAGGGCGAGCGGGGGGAGGGGGCAGCGCUGCAGAGGGAGUUGGACGUGCAGGAGAGGGAGUUGGACGUGCAGCACGGAGGGGGGGAGUGGGCGAGGCCUCCGUUGAGGGUGCACGUGAAGAGAUGAAAGGAAAGCAGCAGCAGCAACAGCAAAAGCGGGUAACAGAGGAGAAGGGGGUGAGGCCGAGGCACGAGGGGCAGCUGAAGACGACAGGAGUGCAGCACGGCAGCGGCAGGCAGCAGCGAGUGAGUGCGAGAGGCAGCAGGGAGGAGGCAGCACGGGUGGCAUAUGAAUUCCUGUGGAACGAUGGUGCGCUGGAGGCAGCAGCGAGUGAGUCAGAGACGUACAAGCUGCUGCGCCCGCAGCUGCAGGCCAUCACCCACAACCCGCGCCUCUCCGACCAGGAGUGCGUGCGCCAGGUGAAGCAGCUGUGUGUGAUGAUAGAGGAGCGGUGA